AUGAAAACCAGUGCAAAUACUCGUCGGCAUCGAACGGAGCGUGGACCCCGAUCUAAGAGUGUUAAAUGUGAUGAGCAACAUCCGCUAUGCCGCCGCUGUAUUCGCCUUCACCUGCGGUGUGAAUGGCCUGCUCGUCAGCCUUCCAUGUCUACCAGAAGACGGGGCCUCGGCCCUAUCAAAAGCCGAAAUGCUUGGACUCCUCGGCCCAUCCUUCCAAUAUGGCGGAGUCAAGAUGAACCAGACAACCCAGACAACCUUUGCCAGAUUGAGGACAUCAGUGACAGCAUGGUUGAAUUACCGGCCCCCGGCCAUGAUCACUAUUUUGGGAGCGGGGCCUUCAAUCCUUGGUUUGAUACCACUGAGACGACCAAUCAAUUGAAUGACCCAGCUCAGGGAACGGACAUGGUCGAACAGAAGAAUGCGCAAACCUCUAUGUUGCUUUCCCCGCAGUCACUCCUCAACUUCCAAGCCAUAGCGGCGACCGUCUUAUUUGCCAGCGACAUAGGGGCCAGUUAUGCUCCCUCUUUUGGAAGGAAUGAUUCACAAGCGGUAUCAUUUUAUCGUGCCGUGUUCGCGCCUCGCAAAUCGACCCGAGAGGCAGCGUUAUCAGCACACCUUUUGUUCCUUGACCUUGCACUACAGAAUACCAUGGCUCUUCAUUUUCUUCUUGCCAUUUCCCAUAACGAACUGUCCAUCUAUCUGGGUCUUAGCAACUAUCCUCCACAAGAGUCAUGGAAACAUUUUCAAUACGGCUCUCAAAUACUCACCACGGCGCUUAACCCUUUGGCUCAUUCGACUCAUUCGGACCAUGUUGGCACAAUGCUGUCGUUCUUAUACAUGUACAUGUUCUGGAUGAGGAUUUCUCCCCUCAAUCUUCAGAAUCUGCACCAGCUGAGUGUUUCUGUACUCACUUACGUCAAGGGGCAUAGUUUGUACGAGUCAUGUGCAAGUUCUGGGCCCUUGUCGGCUGAUACCGUGCUCCUCUCACGAAUCCUCACUUAUCUCUACGACCGGGAUGGAUUCUGCAAUUUUUUCGGCUGCGGAGGCGCUUUCGCUAGCUACGUGAAUGGGAGCCAUGAGAAGCGGCAUAGGGUCUGGAAGUUGUCGAGGUCUAUCUUGACAUCUUCGGAUGACUACACCACUGCCUCGGACAGCAUGACUAGCACGCAAUGGCCGUUGAAUAUUCUGAAUACCUAUUUUGAGUUAAUAUCCAUACAUCAUGAUAUCAACUGUUAUAGUCAGGCCGUUGAGUCCCAGGCACAUCGAUCAUCGAGAACGAUCAAAAGCAACCUCGCUAGGGCGCAAGACGAAUACAAGUCCCUUUCGUGUUUUGUCGCAAAAUGUAAAAGACAGGGAAGGACCCCUCCACUCAUGGCUUUGGUGGCUGUCACAUUUUUUCACGCCAUCCAAAUAUAUUUUCACCGCAGCCGUGACUCAUAUUUUGGCCAGCUUCCAGUGCCCAAUGAAAUUCAGCAAAACUUGAGCGAGCUUAUCGCUACUGCAUACUACACUAUUGCGACAGGGCCAGUGCAGCUCCUGGAACGGUUCCAAUGGUCACUACUAAUAGCUGGGAUGGAAACUCAUGAUCCUGUCCAUUUAGAGUGGAUUUUGGCGACUCUCUCCGACCCUAUCCUAAAAAAUAUACUAAAUACGGUCAAAGAGGAGCAACAAUCACGCAGUAUCUCAAUCAAAAACUUGAGGCAGAUCAUUGAUCUAGUUUCUCAUGACGAGAUUUCGGGCAACAUCAAGUCGCCCAAGCACGCCGCAAUGCCACCAGAUCCCCCCCAACGCCGCCGUACUCCCGCCGAAGCUAAAGAGGACCGCGAGAAAGCUGGGCAAGGAUGGAGAAAGAUGCUCUAA